AUGCAACGAUUCCACACACACAAUCACAUUGCGAAGGAGCUUGAUAAACUCAUCGAUUUGAUUACGGCCUCGAAUGCCUCUCCUGGCGUUCGCAUCAAGGUCGAGGCUACCGUUAUUCAUGGGACGCCGCUUCCAUGUCUAGGAGACCUUCCAGAUCGUGUUGUUCUGGACACUAUUGAUCCCGGAUCAUUCCAAGAUGCCCUCCAGCAUCUGGACCAAUCUCCUGCCCGACAGGAGAGAUGUCAAUUACCUUCUCCCACGACUUCCGACAGUCAUACCCCGAGGGAACCCGAGAGAACCCAGCAACCAGGUGGAUACGGUGUAGACCAGACCGGAUCAGCGGAAAUACCGGCGCUGGAGGAUGGCCGUGUUCAAGCACCUCUCUCGACAAGGCGUCGAAAGACAGUUGGAGGGCUGUCGAUACCAAGGAUCAAUACCGCCUCUGGCGGUGCCCUCGAGAGAUCCCCCUCGCCGCCUACAACUCGACAGCUGCAGACGGGUCAUGAUCAUUUUCGGAAGCGUCGCCGUCUGGAAUCUGGACCGAAGCUGGAGCAGUCAACUGUGGAUAAGCUCAUCGAAGGUAUUUGGAAGGAAUUACACAAUCCUAACAGCCUAGUCCUCGACCAAAAGCUCCCUGAGCUGCUCCGGACCCUCAACCGAGCAGAUAAGCGAAACGUAGAGACAGCACCAGAUACAACAAAUUUCGAUGUCGCCACUCAAACCUGUCGACAUGUCACCGAAGGCGCUCGCACUGGCAGAGCCCUUGAAGUGAUAAUGCAGGCGCAUUGGAUUGAUUCAUUUGAUGCGCAACUGGCAAGCUUGGCAGAGAGUAGACUCGAUCUCACGCCAUCGGAGCAGAAGAAGGCCACAAUAGCGAAGGCUUGCGAACUAUUCAACUGGUCAGAGAAGGAGUUGAGAAAUAGAAUGGCGAUCUGGAAAGGGUAUUGCGAUAUCAAGAAUGCUGCGGGCUGGAGUGCCCUCAUCUUCGCAGGUCCGGGAAUAUAUCGAUUCUGUAAAUAUCGGCUGGGCCUCGAUCCCGAUGCCCUCGCGAAGCUGAGAGGCCUGAAGACCAGGUUUGAGGUUGCUGCCGAUACUCUACAUCCUGACUGGAGGCGAUUGCUGCCCCUCGUCGGCGAUUCCGCUCAACUGCAUUGGCGAGGACAUCCUCAUUCUUGGGUUGUCAGCAAGCGAAAAGACCCGCUCCCGCUGGCAUUCACGUAUCGUCGGUCAGACCCCAACUUCUCCUUUCAGCACAUUACCGAGUCUAAGGUCGACGAGGAAGUGUGGGGAGACCAAGAUCCUCGCCGCCUGGAGGAAGGUCCAGAUUUCGUUUGCCAACUAUGUUCUCAGCGACAGUCGGUGGUGGCGGGCCAAAAUGAAUGUGCAUGCUUUGCAGAGGUGUUCGGGGUCAACGCCCAGAAGAAUCCACCCGUCCAAGUGUUCCAGACAGAAAACGGACGCAAUAAUGGUGUGAUCGCAUGCAAUUCUUUCCCGAAAGGCGUCGCAAUCGCGGAAUACCUCGGACUGAUCACAAAGGGUCUCACGAACACCGACGUCAUGCAGAGCCAGGUGAAGAAUCGAGACCCGUAUCAGAUCUGGCAGGGUCGGUGUGGGAACUUCACCAGGUUCAUCAACCAUUCCUGCGAGCCCAACUGUCAGUUCCAGGCCUUCUCGUGGCUUGGCGUCGAGAGGAUGCUCGUAAUCUCCAAAGGUGUCCCCGCCGGAAAAGAGCUCACGGUGGACUACUCUUCGCGGUAUUGGGAGCAGCUCGACAAGAAAUGUCUUUGUGGGUCGGUGCGGUGUAGAUAUGCCCACCGCUUAGCGGGAGCCCAGCAAACGUGA